AUGUUGAAGAUGAAUGGAUAUUUUUCUGUGAAGUACAAGGCGAUGAAUAAGUACGACAAAAACACCAGGCUGCUGUGUAACGAUGUGGACCUGUGUGACAGUCUAGAGAAGAACUGCCUGGGAUGCUUCUACCCAGGUCCCAAGUGCAACUCCAACAAGUAUGGGCCAGAGUGCCAGUGCAACUUGUGCUGGGUCAAUGAUGCCAUCAUCAUAGAGUCUGGUGAGGUCAUCAGCACCCUGCCAUUUUUUGUUCCUGAUUAG